GAUGCAUGGUCCUUAAAGGAAAAACAACAGGAAACUAGGUUUGUGAAAAGAGAGAUUAAGCUGGAAGAGGUGAGAGAGACAAGAAAAGUAGGUGAAGAAAGAAGAGAGGGAAAGGCAGAGAGGCAAUGAGGAAGACAGCAAGUGACACAGAAAGGGGGUGGAGAAAAAGAGAGGAAGAGAGAGAGAACCAUAUUAAAGGAAUAAAACCAAGCAACUGAGAAGAACAAGGAGUCCAACUCAACUUCAGAAAGGAAAAGUGCUAAAGCAAAGAAAGGAGAUAGAAGACGAGAUAAUAGAAGCCAGAGGCUGUGUUCAGUUCUCCCUUCAAGACUCCUCACCCCUCCUGGUGAGCAGAAAUGGGGGACUGGAGUUUCCUGGGAGAGUUCCUCGAGGAGGUCCACAAACACUCCACAGUGGUAGGGAAAGUCUGGUUGACUGUGCUCUUCAUCUUCCGGAUGCUGGUGCUGGGUACAGCAGCUGAGUCCUCCUGGGGGGAUGAGCAGUCUGACUUCAUGUGCGACACCCAGCAGCCCGGCUGUGAAAAUGUCUGCUAUGACAAGGCCUUCCCCAUCUCCCACGUCCGGUUUUGGGUUCUCCAGAUCAUCUUUGUCUCCACCCCAUCGCUGGUGUACAUGGGCCAUGCGAUGCACACGGUGCGCAUGGAGGAGAAGAGGAAGAUGAAGGAGGCAGAAAUGGAGGCCCGGGAGAUGAAGAACAGCGGUGACACAUACUACCAGCAGAAAUGCCCCGUGGUAGAGAAGGCUGAACUGUCCUGCUGGGAUGAAUCAGGAGGCAAAAUUAUACUCAGAGGCAGUCUGCUGAACACCUACGUCUACAGCAUUUUGAUUCGCACUGCCAUGGAAGUGGCCUUCAUUGUGGGACAGUACGUCUUGUACGGGAUCUUCCUGGAGACCCUGUACAUCUGCCAGCGGGCACCUUGUCCCCACCCUGUCAAUUGCUACGUUUCCCGGCCCACAGAGAAGAACGUGUUCAUCGUCUUCAUGCUGGCUGUGGCAGUGCUCUCCCUGUUCCUCAGUCUGGCUGAGUUGUACCACUUGGGCUGGAAAAAAGCCAAGGAGAGGUGUUCCCGGUCUUACAAAGCCAGCUCCAGCACAGCCCCCGGCAGACUGGAGUCUGCCCCACAAAUAGAAAGGUCCCAGAUGUACACACCUCCACCAGAUUUUAACCAGUGCUUGUCAAGUCCCAGUGGGAAGUUCAUCAGCCCCUUCAGCAACAAGAUGGCAUCCCAGCAGAACACCGCCAACUUUGCCACCGAGAGAGUCCAUGGCCAGGAAGAUGCUGCUGGGGAAGGGCCCUUUGUUAAGUCCAGCUACAUGGAGAGCCCAGAAGUGGCCAACGAAUGUGCAGCACCCACUUUCCCCGAGAACUACUUCAAUGAGAAACGUCGGUUCAGCAAGACCAGCCGUGCCAGCAGCAAGGCAAGGUCGGACGACUUGUCUGUGUGACCUGUUGCGAAAGAGGGAUGAGGAGAAGGAGCAGUCUCAACUCUUAGUACAAUUUCCACAGAGCGGACUCCAGACUCUUGCCACUAACCUCUCUCUGUUUUAACACUCUCUUGAUCCUUUUCAGUGAAGACCAUUAUAUUGCAGAUAGCACCUCUCAUGGCUUAAGGCAGGGGCAGCCUCUGGGAGACACAGACUGAAGAGAGGCACCAACCUGGAGAUGUGAAUAUCUCAGCAAUUUCAUCAAGGGACCCACAGGGCUUGGAGACUCACCAUCCUCAGAUGGUGACUCCUGAGGCUGCCCAGCAGCUAUCCACGUCAACACUGUAUUCAACAGACUGUCUGGACCUCAAACCCCUUGCAUCUUCUUUGGUGUCUUUUCAGCUUGGCAAUUAUGCUGGGCUGAAGCUUCUCUCACCCACAGAGAGCAGAAACACACUGGUAGCCUUUCUGAAAGAACAACUUUCUCAUCUGCGUUGCUCUUGCUCUUUCUAACCCUCCCUUUCUCUACCUGAACCCAGAUAUUUUAUACCAGUUUACCUAUACAGUAAAUCCUACUUGAAUUUUUGGACACUGUGUAUAUAACUCUUCCCCAUAAAUAAGGAUGGCUGCGGUCCCCCACGCACAGUUGCCUCACGUCUAACGUUGGAACCCCUUCCUCAUUCCUAAGUCAGCGCAGCACACGGCCCCGGGGGUAUCAUUUAGAUGACCAGUUGAUGAACACUAGGGAAUUUUCCCAAGAUGCUUACAUCAUCAAUUCCAAGCAAGGUAUCCAUUAACAGUAACUGAGACUCUCCAGUGAGAACAGAUAUCUUACUAGUGGAAAAGAGGAAUCAUCACAUGGAAACAAAGUAGCUUUCCCCCUUUUAAAACUCAUCUUUCAAGCAACCUGAAUGCUACUGAAAGGGUGGUGCCAGCUGCCAACUAAAGAGGAAAACAUCCUCUGUUUAUCUGCAGAGGAGGUACAGCCUGUUUCUUCUCCUUACUAACCUACCAAAAUUUCAACAUCUUUUGCAAUGAGUAAGAGUCCUCUCCAGGUCCUGUACUUCAUUCAGCUCUUGGCUGCUCUCUCAAGACUGCCAGCCAAUGCAAGCCAAGAUAUUUGUCCCUGCAGCAAGUCCUUGUUCUGCCAUCAGGUCAUCAUCUUUACUCUGUCCCUAUCACAUGUGGCAUAAGAAACCACCCAUGGACCAGCUCUUUCCACCACUGUAGCCUCUCAGAGCAGUCAUUGAGCCCCAACACUGCACAGUGAGUCUGGUGGGUGAGAUCUGUAGGCAGCUCCCACUCUCAAUGCAGAGCUGACAUCCCUCUUAGAGAUUUGCUAAACAGAGUUAAGCUGCUCCCUGUUGUUUGCUGCCUUUUCAGAGAUGUGCCACAGCUCCCAACACAGGACUGCGUGAGCAAAUGGCUGGGGAACAGCUGAUGAGUGGACUGUUUCAUCUCUUAGGGCCUCUGAAGGGACUGUGAAUCCUUGCUUCUUGAUACAUAGCUAGCUUUGGUACAAUUCCCUGUACAUAUACAUACAUAUUCACACACAGAGGGGGGGAAUCCAUUUCAUUUUUGUUUGUUUGUAAGGUGUUUUAUACAUGUGUAUUUUUUAAUCCCGAAAAUACCUGUGUGCUCUCCUUAACACAAAAUUUUAGUCAAUUGUGCCUAGGUUUCUCCUAAUAAAGUUCUAAUUCCA